AAAAAUAAAAAGAGCAUGGAGGGUGUAUUUCGUAUGUGAAACGGAGAAACCCGGAAAUUUGCCCGCUACAAAGCCCAGCUUGCAGGAGGGAGGAUCACGAUACUAUAAUCGGCACUUGGCGGGAAGAAGCCCUAAUUUCUCCGAUGACGUCUUUUCUGGACGAAUUUCAAGCCAAUCUUGAGUUGCUUCCAAAUAUCCUGCAGAGGAAGUAUGCAUUGCUACGUGAUCUUGACAAAAGCUUACAAGGAAUCCUGCGGCAGAAUGAACAGCGUUGUGAGCAAGAAAUAGAAGAUAUUAAGCAGGGAAUGCUAUCUGGUUCUAUUACACCAGAGUCAUCCCGUAUCAGAUUCUCAGAUGAAGCACUUGAUGAGCAGAAGCACAGCAUCAGGAUUGCUGAUGAAAAGGUUGCUUUAGCUGUUCAAGCAUAUGAUUUGGUGGAUGCACACAUUCAACAACUUGACCAAUACCUUAAGACAUCCGAGGAGGAGAACCGACGAGCGAAAGAACUUGCAUCUGUUCCUGCUUCAUCUGAUGCAAAUGGUGAUGGUAGCACAAAAUCUGGAAGAGGCAGUGAAGGUGGAAGAGGGGGACGUAAAAAAACACGUUAUGCAGCAGCAGCUGCUGCUGCCGCCGCAGCUCCUGCAAAUCCAUCAAGCAUGGACUUGGAUAUACCAGUUGAUCCCAAUGAACCCACUUAUUGUCUAUGUAAUCAAGUCAGCUAUGGUGAGAUGGUUGCGUGUGAUAAUCCCGAUUGCAGGAUCGAGUGGUUCCAUUUUGGAUGUGUUGGUUUGAAAGAAAAGCCAAAGGGGAAAUGGUACUGUUCUGACUGUGCUGGAACACAGAAACGCCGUAAAGGGAAGUAAUUUACGGACUACAGCAACAAACAUUUGUAUCCAAAUUUGGUGAUAUUGAGAUCAUCCUGAAGGCAAGGAAGAUUUUGAGUAUGGGAUUUGUACAGCCUUGCUUGCUGAUUAAUUUGUAGUUGUAGAUCAGGUCAGGUAUACUGGAAAUUGGAGAUUCUCUCUCCCUACUCUCUUUGUAGCUGCUAUUGGCAAUUUUGUAUGCUGUCCUUUACCUUACAAAGGCUUAAAGAUUAUGUGGCUUGGAUUUUGUAAUAACUUGUAUCCUCUGUAAUUUAGUUAACCUUCAGUUGCAGCCUAAUUCA